AUGGCAGUCAAGAAUCGGAAUACGCAGCGCGGUGGUGCCGGCGGUGGUUCGGCCGGCGAGAUGGUGGUUGAAGGGGCAAAGAAUGCAGAGAAGAAAGUUGAAGAGGCUCUUACUGUUCUUCUCCAUGAAUUGCCACUAUGGAUGCAAGACAACCACUUUAUAGUCUCCGGCUACAGGCCUCAAUCCUUUUCGUUCUACAAGAGCUUUCAUUCCCUAACAUACCUCCAUAACGAAACCGUAAACAUCUAUACCCACCUCCUCCCCGCCCUCCUAUUCCUCCUGCUAGGGACCUACACCGUGAAAACACACCUCCUCCCCCGCUACCCAACGAGCACUGCCCCGGACCUCCUCUCCUUCGCCUGCUUCUUCGCGAGCGCAAGCACAUGCCUGGGGAUUCUAGCGGUCGCAAGGGUGGGCAACAAACUCGACUACCUGGGCAUAAUAAUCCUAAUAAUGGGAUCCUUCAUCCCGAGCGUGCACUACGCCUUCUACUGUCGCCGGCGCCUCGCAUACGCCUACUGGAGCAUGAUCUCCCUCCUGGGCGCCGGGUGCGCCGCCGUUUCCGUCAUGCCGGGCUUCCGCACGCCGGCGUGGAGGCCCUUCCGCGCCGGCCUGUUCGUCUCGAUGGGCCUCUCCAGCGUGCUGCCCGUCCUCCACGGCGUGCGGAUAUAUGGCACUCGUGGGAUGGACGAGAGGAUGGGGGUGAGGUGGUUGCUCAUCGAGGGGUUACUAUAUAUCGCCGGCGCCGGGAUCUAUGCUGCUAGGGUUCCCGAGAGGUUCGCGCCUGGGAGGUUCGAUUUGCUCGGGGCUUCGCACCAGCUUUUUCAUUGCUUGGUUGUGGCGGCCGCGGGGUCGCAUUUGGUUGGGUUGGUGAAGGGGUUCGAUUACCUGCAUAGUGGAGAUGCGCAAGUGUGCGGUUAGGACCUGGCGUUUGGAGGUGAGGGGAAGGCAGGGCUGGCGGGAGAUUUACUUUUUUGGGGGGAGAGAAAAAAAAAAAAGGUUUGCGACAGCGAUUAUUACAA